AUGGCUGAGUAUGGUGCACCCGAAUCCCGCUAUCAUGGUUCUCGAACCGCGAAUUUUGGCGGUUCAGCCGAUCACCAAAGAGAUGCUGCGUUUCAUAACAUAUUCGGGGGUGCGCCCCCACCAGGGAGAUCUCAAACGAUGACCACCCAGACGACCAAUAUGAUGUAUGAUCGGCUUCCCAGCAUGAGUUCGGGUGUGCAGUCUCAGCAUACUAUGUCGAUGAGACAAGGCCCCCCCCCGAUGCGGCCGAUGCCGCCAGCGUACGACCGAACAAAUGGUAUUUCUCCCGGCCAGCCAUAUAUGAAUGGAACAUAUAACAGCCGCCCACCGCCUCACAAUCCAGCACCCAUGUUUCCAGAUCGAAGACCAUAUCCUCCGCCUCAGCGGAUAGAUACUCGCCCGGGCGGCCCACCCAUGCCCAUGGGGCCGUAUGAUCGCAAGCCUGUGCCAAAUCGCUUGCCGCCUCCUGCGUUAAAUAACGACGCUUACCGAUCGCGUUCGAUGGUGAGACCUGGGGAGCCGACGAUAGGUUAUCGGCCUCCCCCAAGUAGUUUCCAACAAGGGACUGCUAGUGCGUUCAGACAACAGCCUUAUGCUUCCAUGGCUGCUUCCAGAACAACAGCGCAAGGGAGACACAUUCCUGAGAGACUUGAUGACAAUAGAGCAAUGUCAAUGGGAUCAUAUUCUUUGGACCGUGAUCACGCACAACAAUUAACCAGUGGGAGAGUUGUGCCUGGACGUCGCCGAGAUUCAGGAUCAGAUCCUUUUGCACAUCGCGCCUCGUCGAAUGACUCCUUCAGUUCGUCCAACUCUCCGGCCUAUGGCCACACACCUCACUCUCGGCGCCCUAGUGAAGGCAACGGCCCUCCACGCACUGUAUCAGCUGCUUCUGCCGCCUCCGCUUCUUCUGACUUGACGGCGACAACGCUGAAUGGCUCUCGGAGUGACAGCAUGAGGAACAAACCGGGUCAAGCAGCCUAUCCAGCCAACCAGACGACGACUGUUGUCCAAAGAAAAUCACCUCUAGUCUAUCCUGCGCUCCUCUCCCGUGUCGCGAGCGCUUUCCAGGAGCGAAUCGGCGUUGGUGAUAGAACGAAGAAUGAUCUAUCUUACAAGAACGCCUUCACCGGAGCUGAAGCCGUCGACUUGAUCGCAUACAUCAUCAAGACCACGGACCGAAACCUCGCCCUCCUUCUUGGACGUGCUCUUGACGCUCAGAAGUUCUUUCAUGAUGUUACGUACGAACACCGCCUGAGAGACGCCCCUGCAGAAGUUUACCAGUUCCGGGAGACCAUGGGAGAAGAGGCCUCCUCUAAGGAUGUGAAUGGCGUCUUCACCUUGCUCACGGAAUGCUACUCUCCGACUUGCACCAAGGACCACCUCUGUUACUCCAUCGCGUGUCCCAGACGGCUUGAGCAACAAGCUAGACUCAAUUUGAAGCCUCAACCCGGCUUACGGCACUCCAAUUCGAGAGGCAGCUUGCACGGCGACGAUGACCAGGAACAAAAGCUUUGGAUCAACAGUGUACCAAAGGAGGUUGCAGACAACAUCGAUGAGCGAGAGAAGAAGAGACAAGAAGUGAUUUCGGAGCUGAUGUACACAGAGCGCGAUUUUGUGAAGGAUUUGGAGUACUUGCGUGACUUCUGGAUACGACCUCUACGUGGCUCCGGCCAAGGGAUAUCUCCCAUCAAAGAAGAGAGACGAGAGAAGUUUGUCCGCACUGUCUUUGGCAACUGCCUGGAAGUUCUUGCGGUGAAUGGCAAAUUUGCGGAUGAACUUUCAAAGAGACAAAAGGAACAACAUGUCGUCCACAGCAUCGGUGACGUCUUCUUGAAGUGGGUUCCUCAGUUCGAUCCGUUCAUCAAAUACGGCGCGAAUCAAAUGUACGGCAAGUACGAAUUUGAAAAGGAGAAAGGAGCCAAUCCGGCCUUCGCUCGCUUCGUCGAUGAAACCGAACGACUCAAAGAGUCAAGAAAACUCGAACUAAAUGGCUACCUCACGAAACCCACCACUCGGUUGGCCAGAUACCCUCUUCUUCUCGAUAACGUGUUGAAGUACACCAAAGAUGAUAAUCCGGACAAGAAAGAUAUUCCUAAGGCUAUUGGACUCAUCAAGGAUUUCUUGGCUCGCGUCAAUGCGGAGAGCGGCAAAGCCGAGAAUCACUUCAAUCUUCUUCAACUCAAUCAACAACUCAAAUGGAACGCCGGAGAAUACACCGACCUCAAACUCACAGAGGAGAAUCGGAUCAUUCUGACCAAGAUGAGUUUCAAGAAGAGUCCGACCGACAGUGCGGAAGUCCAAGUCUACCUAUUCGACCACGCUGUUCUGAUGUGCCGUGUGAAGAAUGUGAACAAGAGAGAGGAACUUCGGGUGUACAGAAAGCCGAUUCCGUUGGAACUCCUCGUUAUUGCCGAAAUGGACCAAGUCAUUCCUCGUCUAGGCAUUGCCAAACGUCCUUCAUCAAGUUUGAUUCCCGGCGCUAAAUCAUCAACGUCGGGCACACCGGGUCAGAAAGAGGUGUAUCCAGUUACAUUCCGCCAUCUCGGAAAAGGUGCCUACGAGCUUCAACUGUACGCCACCUCAAUCACACAACGGAAGAAGUUCAUUGAGUUGGUGGAGGAACAACAGAGCAAGCUCCAUGAGCGCAGCAGCAACUUUUACACCAAGACCAUACUUUGUGAGGGGUUUUUCAAUGCUCAGAAUCGUGUCAAUUGUCUUGUUCCUACCGAUGGAGGUCGCAAACUCAUCUAUGGCACGGACAACGGAAUCUACGUUGCAGAUCGCUGGCCCAAGGAUAAAUCAAGCAAGCCCAAGCGGAUUCUCGACGCUACUCAGGUGUCGCAAAUCGACACCCUGGAAGAGUAUAGGUUACUCUUAGUUUUGUCGAACAAAACACUCACCUCAUAUCCUUUUGAGGCACUUGAGGCAAACAAUCAAAACCCUCUCGCCACUAGACCACGAAAGAUUCAAGGACACGCCAACUUCUUUAAAGCAGGCAUUGGAUUGGGGAGACACUUGGUUUGCUCGGUGAAGACUUCAGCACUCUCCACCACCAUCAAGGUGUACGAGCCCAUGGAUGAUCUUACUAAGGGUAAGAAGAAGCCAGCAAUCAGUAAGAUGUUUGCCAGCGGCCAGGAUGCUCUAAAGCCUUUCAAGGAAUUCUAUAUACCAGCUGAAUCCACCUCGGUGCAUUAUCUUCGAUCAACCCUUUGUGUCGGCUGCGCCCGAGGCUUUGAAGUCGUUUCUUUGGAGACGACAGAACGCCAAUCUCUCCUGGAUCAGGCUGAUACUUCCCUUGACUUUGUCACCAGAAAGGAGAAUGUCAAACCAAUCCACAUUGAAAGACUCAAUGGCGAGUUCUUACUCAAUUAUUCCGACUUCAGUUUCUUCGUCAACAGAAAUGGCUGGCGUGCCAGACAAGAUUGGAAGAUCACUUGGGAAGGAACACCACAGGCUUUUGCAUUGAAUUACCCAUACAUUCUCGCAUUCGAGCCCAGUUUCAUUGAAAUUAGGCACAUUGAAACCAGUGAGCUAAUUCAUGUCAUGACGGGCAAGAAUGUGAGAAUGCUUCAUUCGAGCACUCGAGAGAUUUUGUAUGCAUACGAAGACGAGACGGGCGAAGACGUGAUUGCUAGCCUUGACUUCUGGACCCAAGCUCAAGCUUGA